GGAUCUUACUCAGAAUCAACAUUUUAAUACACUUCGAUCUAUUACAGAAUACUGUCCUCCUGGUGCUCCUGCCCCUCCUGGUACUCCUGCCCCUUCUAGUGCUCCUCCCAGUGUCCCGGCUGCUUCUGGUGCCCCUGCCGCUCCUGGAGCUCCGGCCGCGACCUCUCAACCCAUCCCUCAUCCAGCUUCUUCAUCCGCAGCUCCUCCUAAUACCACUCCCGCCCAACCAACUUCUUCUCCAGAACAAUCAUCUUCAUCUAAUGUU